GGGGGCGACCAGUUCGAGUCGCUGCUGAAGAUCCUGCUGUCCCACAGCAAUUUUCCACGGGCAAAGGCCGCGACUGGAAUGCGAAGGACACCAGACAUCGCGGGGACCACCGUGGACACCGGUGGCAAAGACGGCAAGCUCAUCAGCGCCGCCAACACAGCUGUGGUGGACCUCCUCAGGAGAAAAUACGUACAAGCACGAGGCGCUUCAGACCAGGCCAAGAUGGACGAGAUCGCAGUGGCCUGCCCAGACGCGUUUGCAGCAACACCCAUGGAACCAACAGCAAUGCCCACGGGACAACGAAUCCGGGGGGUGGUCGCCGACCUCAACCGAGCCCACCAGUACCAUGACAAAUUGACCAAGCAUCUGCAGCGAGCCACCGAGCACCGCGACGACAUGAUCCACAGGAUCGGAGACACCAUGGUCGAGCUGGCAGGGGCGGGACGCAUUUUCCUUGAGGCCAAG